AAUUUUUAUUAUUAUUAUUUUGUUUCAAUUACGCCAGACCAACACGGCUACCUACCUGUAACUGUUAUUAGUAUUAGUAUUAGUAUUAGUAUUAUAGUGACCUGAUGCAAAAAUUUAAAAAACUCACACAGCUUGGUUUUCCAGUUUUAAUCCCAAUCUGUCUACAAACAAUAUAAUGAUAGGUUAAAUUAGUUACUUAUAAAGCAACUAUGUAAUAUAUAGUAUUUUAGAAAUAAUAUAUUCGCUGGUUGGUAACAGCUCCAGUGAUGUGAGAUUUUUCUACAAUCGAGCAGUAUAUAAAUUUUAUGAAAUAAAUAAAUAUUUUAUUUCCAGGGAUAGAAUCCAGUGACUGUAUAUUCCUUUCUGUUUUAUGGGUUAAACUGGUUGGUGGUCAAAUAACAAUGCUGAAAAGGUAAUGAUUGGUAUUAGAGCUCCCUCUGUGGGGUUUAUAUGUAAUUGCUUAGUAGCUUGUUUAUCAAUGUAGAUGUGUUCUAGAUAUUAAUAUUUGCUAUUCUGGUUAUUAUUAGCUAGUGUCAUUAAUUCUGAAUGUCUUAAAAGUAGUGCAAAUCCGAAGAAAGAUAACUGAGUUUCUUAACGCUAAUGAAGUAUGUUAAAUUGAUAACUUUGAUAGCAUGCAACACAGGUUGACUUUCAUAGUACUAAUUGUAAGAGAUUUAUUUUGUGAUUUUGGACUUUCACUUUAAGGUGUAUCCAAGUAGGAAAAUUUAAGGAUAUGUAGCUUUAAAAGGGUAGCCAAUGGAGAAGUUGUUUAUGUAGUAACAUGCACUAACUAUGGGUUGCUGACUGAGCCAAAAUGGGUAGGGGACCUUAGAGGAAAUGAAUAGGAAUAGGGGUGAAAUUUGAUUCAUUACACAUUUAAAGUUGAAUUUAUCAAUUAGACACUUUCCAAAGCAAUGUGAGAACCGAAACACAGCCAUCUUUCAAAAUUCUCACUUACCCGAAUUCUGUGAUGCAGUUCUCCAACCAUGUUUACAAAAAUAUUAGGAGAGCUUGCUUGCAUAAAUGUGUGCAUUGGUCAGACCUGCAGACAAAAAUGUGUUUACUAUGAGAAAUUCACACUAAAAUACUGAAGAAUUUCCAUGAGGGUUUUUUAUAAUGAAAUCGACAAACCACUGCAGAAAUGCAGAAAUGUGGAGAACUGAAUUUAAGAAUGGAAAAAUGAGAAACAGAUCCUUCCAACCCUAGAAAUGAAUAUGUGCAAAUGGGCAUUCAGAUUCUGGCUACUUGAGGGUGGCUACAUCAGGAUAUUGGAGCCAAACAUAUUAGCCCCAUGGCUUCUAUUGGCGUCUGGACUUCUGGUAACUUAACUAGGGAACCCUAGGUUGGAAACAGCACCAGCCACACCUGAGACCAUUUAUAAGUGAUGUUUCUAAAAAUCUUAAGCAAUAAUAACUCCGGCUCACUCCAUAGCUGCCAAGUUUUCACUUUUCUCGCGAGGAAGCCUAUUCAGCAUAAGGGAAAAUCCCUGUAAAAAAGGGAUAACUUGGCAGCUAUGGGCUCGCUCUGAAGCACUAUAUUUCAAACCUAAGUAAUUGGAAUUACCCUGUGUCACAUAGGAACAGACACGUGAGUGAAUUCUUAACACUAUUAUCUGGCUUGGUGCUUGUGAAGGGUGGAUCUUUUACACACACAAAAGAUAGUGAUUUAACCUCUUAUUUGCUCUCGGGAUCUUCUCAAACACCUGUGAUUUUUGAUACCGAAUUGUUUAAUAUUCAGAGCUUUGCUGCAUACUUACUGUUUUGAUUAUUUUUUACCACAUUUCUUCAUCUAGAAAAGUAACACAGAAGCAUUAGAGCUCCACUUUAUAUAGGAUAAAACAUUGCUAUCAGUGAUAGACAUCUUUAGAGAAGAUCAAACCUAUCCAUUCUGAAGGAAAUCAGCCCCAAGUGCUCACUGGAAGGACAGAUCCUGAAGCUAAGGCUCCAACUUUGGCCACCUCAUGAGAAGAGAAGACUCCCUGGAAAAGACCCUGAUGUAGGGAAAGAUUGAGGGCACAAGGAGAAGGGGGUGACAGAGGACAAGAUGGUUGGAUAGUGUUCUCGAAGCCAUCAACAUGAGUCUGACCAAACUGCGGGAGGCAGUGGAAGACAGGAGUGCCUGGUGUGCUCUGGUCCAUGGAGUCGGACACGACUAAACAACUAAACAACAGCAACAACAAAUUGGUCAAUUCUACUAAGCAUUACUGUACUUAGGAUUCCUGUUGCUAGUAAUUACUGUAGUGUCUUGUCACAAUGACAGUCAGAUGUAAAAAUCAAUACUGUACUGUAAAAAAAAAGGUCAUUCAUAUGAGGUAUAAUAAAUGAUUACUGUUGGAAAUCUUUUUUAAAAAAACAGGAAGUUUUCUGUGCCAUAAGUUCAUUAGUAACAAUAAAUACCAAGCUUGAUCAUUUCAGCUUAUUAUUAUUAUACUAAAUAUAAGAAAAAUCAACAUGCUAAAUUAGAUCACUCUAGCACAGAGGUAACCAAUGUGGUGCCCUCCAGAUGUUUUGUUGGACUACAACUCCCAUCAUCCCUGACCAUUGACCAUAAUGGAUGCGGGUAAUGGGACUUGUAGUCCAACAACACCUGAAGGGCACCCCAUUCACUACCCUUGCUCCAUGGAAUUCCCCAGUGCAAACUGAAAAUUAUUGAAAACAUUUACAGAAAAAGUUUAUUUCUCUAGGCCUUAAUUUUUCAACAUUUCUCAUAAAUUCCUAGUGUGUAAUAAAAUAUAUUCUGUACCUAUCAUUCUUUUUGGGUAAAAGGCCCCAGUCCAGCACUUUUAAAAGAGAAAACAAAAGACCUGCUUCUCUUGACCUCCUGGUCCACUCUAACUGCAAACUUGGCAUAAGAACACCUCUGAGAGGAUUCUGCUGGCAUUAAAAAGAGAGUUCUGAAACAUCGUACAAGGAAUGAAUCUUUACAACCACCAGGGAUGAGGAAGAACAUCUUUGUACAAGUUAUACUCCAAGCAGGAUAUUUUGCCCUCAUGAGUGUGAUUUCAAAAGAAAUCAAUGAAGAUAACAGCCGUGCAUUUGAGAACGGAAGUCAGCUGUAAUCUAAGAAGAAGGGUUACAAAAAUAGCACAUAACUGGGCAUUGCAGCAUUAGAGCAGCUAGUCAGCAUCUGAUCGUGUCUCUAGGGUUGUUGGUUGGAGUAAAAGGGUGAGAGGGUAGAGCCAAAGGAGAAAUUGUGAUCUUUAAAAUCAGUAAUUACUCUGAACUUGUGUGGCAUCUGCUGCUAUAAAUAGUGUUUAAUCCAAGGGUGGAAUUACUUUUGACAGCAAUCAGAAAUUAUAGUACUUAAGUUAAAUCUUUCCUCUUUUUAGUCCAGUUUUUAUCUCUGUGCAGUACUGCAUGCGGUUUGAAAACAUUUUAAGGUAUUUGACCAGGUUAAAUAAAACAUCAGGAAAAAUGACAUUUUAUUCACACGUUCGUUUUACAAGUCCCUCAGAAUUCAUUGCUCACCCAGGGGUGAUUGACUCUUUUUAGACUUAGGGACAGAACCUAAAUCUUGUGGGGAAAUUCGCACCAUGCCUCUUCUUCUCCCUACCCCCCACCACUCUGCAUGCUUCUUUCAUGGUAUACUUAGGGCUACAAGCUGAGCUGGUCCUGUUUGCAAUUUUUAUUUCAGAUCAGUAUUACAAAAUUAUUGGUAUGUUUUAAACAGAUUGUGUAUAUGUAUAUAGUUUUAAUUCUAUCAAUGUUUAAUUGUAUUUCAAUGAUGGAUUUCUCUACAUUUUAGCAGUUCUUGUAUUUAUCUGUAAGCCGCCUUGAGUCCUGUCAGAGAAAAAGGCAAGGUAUAAAUACAUAAAUAACAACAACAACAACAACAACAACAACAACAACAACAACAACAACAACAAUAUUCUCUUUAUUGUUAAAUCAUACACCUUAAAAGAUGUCUAUAGAAUUACAAGCCCAGAAGAUGGGGAGAUUCAUCCUGAGAUCUGUAGACUAUUUAUCCAGUUGCAGUGUUGCUUAGAAAUGUAUACGACAGAGAUGCUAAAAUCCAUAUGCCUACUAGGAUCACUUCAACUUCAUCGAAAAGGGAUAGAGACUUGUGCAGCACCCAAGAUCAUAGACAGUAAAGUAGAGGAGAGUUCAGAAGUCCCUAUUUUAGAAGACAAAUCAUCUUCACUAACAGACAUCCAACAACAUUUAUGGCAGGUUUCCACAGAUAUUGAAAAUACUGAAAGGGAUAUGAGAGAAAUGAAAAACCUUUUAAGCAAACUCAGGGAGACUAUGCCUUUGCCACUGAAAAAUCAAGAUGACAGCAGCCUCCUAAACUUGACUUCAACUCCUUAUCCAUUAGUGCGAAGACGGAAGCGGAGGUUCUUCGGAUUGUGCUGUCUUGUCUCGAGCUAGAUGAUCCAGUACAGAUAUGCACAGAUGACCACAGCCAAUACAAUUUGACCUUUAGCAGGAUAAACCUUAAUGCUCUAAGUCAGGCAUAGGCAACCUUGGCUCUCCGGAUGUUUUGGAUCUACAACUCCCAUGAUCCCUAGCUAACAGGGCCAGUGGUCAGGGAUCAUGGGAGUUGUAGUUCCAAAACAUCUGGAGAGCCAAGGUUGCCUAUGCCCGCUCUAAGUGGUAGUGUGUGUUUUCUACACGACUAAUUAUUUCUUCCCUCCUUUUCAAGAGUUUUACAAUUUGUUGCUGAUAAGAACCAAAUCAGGAAACCGAUUUAACAUUAUGAAGAAUAUUUUUAACUUUUUUUAAUGGCAUACUGCAUGCCUGAUUUAAACCAUUCUAUGAUUAGAUGCAAAUAUUAUAAUUAUGAAAUAAAACAUUCAGAUUUUUUAUUUCGUGUACAAACCACCACAGCCAAUUGUGUACAGUACAAUAGUAGGACUGUAGCUCUUGCUAGUAUGAUGUUAAACUAUUUGAACAUAUUCUAUUAAGCAAUCCUAAUCCAUAGAAAACUAUUUAGAACAGCAAAACUGUGCUUAAGUUCUAAAAAGCUAAAAUAAAAAGAGCCAAUAUCAUAAGAGAACUUGCACAAACUCUCCUAUUGCUUUUUAUGCUCUCAUUCAUAUUUAGUCUUCCACUCUAUAUCUCAACUUAAUGAAGAUCUUCAUAAUACAAUAUCUUAAUUUCUAUUACACAAGCAACAUAACAUCUAUAUGUUGAUCCUGUAAAUAUGAGAUAGUUAUAUCUACAUAUGUACAAUGCAUAGAAAUAGCUAAUUUACUUUUUAAACCCCCCACAAAUGUAUCUAUUUCAGCUUUGGGAAGAAAGGCUAAAAAUUUAAAAGAUGGUGUAGGAAACUAUAAAAUCCACAGAUGUAAAGCAAAUUAUCCUAUUUUGUCUCCAUUAAAGGUUGAAGCAUGGUGUCUGAACAUCAAUUUAGUGUUACUGCUUUUAGGGCAUGCCAGAAGUAGCUCUAACUGUAAAAUAUUAAACAUUUUACAUUGUUAAUAAAUAUUUUUUAGUUAAACUAAAACAUGUCUUUUGGGUAAUAAUUGUACGGCUAAAUACCAUGUAUGGUUGCCUCUACCCAUCUUGCCUGCUCUGUUUAGAAGAAUUUGAAACAUUGGUCUCAUUCACGUGUAAUACUAAACCAUGGGUUACCACUACGGCACAAGUUAGAAUGAGUCUGACCAAAGCCUCGGACUUGCAAAUUCCAUGUUCCCACACGUCUGGGGUAAGGAUUUCUGCCAUGUUUACUUUCAAUUUCCAUAAAUCCUGUCCUAUUGUUAUGUACAAACUGGCGUGUGUUUGUGGUCUAAAAUAAACUCUUCUAAGUUUCAAAAGUAGCAAAUUCAACCCAUGGAUUAUGAAGCUGGUUUCUCAGUUUGUUUAAAAAUGACCAUCUCUGGAGCAUGAAU